AUGAGCAACAGUUUUGCCCAAGUGAGCAGUCCUACGGACGUUCUCAAAGCUAUAUUGCGAAGCUAUCCGCUGGGAGUCGGCUUGUUUCGCGAGCUUCUACAAAAUUCGGACGAUGCAAAAGCGUCUAAACAAGCCUUUAUACUAGACUAUAGAACGCAUGCAUCGUCCAACGGCCUCGAGUUUGCGAAUGGACCGUCACUUUUGGCGUACAACAACGCGAAGGUCACGGAUGACGAUUGGUCGGCCCUCCAGACGAUCAAUAGCUCCUCAAAGAAGAAGGAUACGAGCAAAAUCGGGAAGUAUGGUAUCGGGUUUAGAUCUUGUUUCCACAUCACCGACUCUCCUGAGAUACUCUCAGGCACGGAUAUCGCUAUGUUCGAUCCGCUCAACAAAUUCACCGAGACUGGAGGACGUCGCCACACCCUCGCCACGUCUCACGAUCUUCUAGCAGACCAUCUGUCCGCAUUCUCGCCCAUUUUCGAAUGGCGUCUCAAUGAAAGUUUUGAUGGGACAGUGAUUCGAUUACCCCUUCGGCCAGAUGAACAGAGCGAGAUCCAGCCCAAGGCUUUCCACCCACACGAUGUCAAACAGCUAUUCCUGGACUUCAUUCAUCAAGAACUCGACAUAUCAUUGCUAUUCCUCUCGAACUUAUCAUUCAUCGACAUAUCGGAGAUCGACAGCAACGGUACUAUCACCGUGUUGGCCAAACUCAGCAUCACACGCUCAAACCCCGUGACGUCUGGGUGUUACACUUCGUCGACGGCUACGGUCGUGGUGGAGGACUCAGCUGGAAGAAUCAUCAGUCAACAGACGUGGCUCAAGGUCCACGCUACUGGUCUUCUUGACGAUUAUGCGGCCGCACUUUCGACAUCCAUGGGAUACGACGUGCAUGAAGACCUUGUGCGAGAGAAGCUGUCUCCCCAUGUUGCCUUGGCUAUUCCUCUUGAUCGACAAGUGUCCGCGCCCACUACGACUGGGCGACUGUUCACCUUUCUGCCCCUUCCUCUAAUCACCAGAUUUCCAUGCCAUAUUCAUGGUCUCUUCGCGUUGACCAUCGAUCGCCAACACCUACGGAAUAGAGACGAACAUGUCGCAGAACGCUCCCUUGACAGACUUCUCGUCCACUGGAACAAAAUUCUGUUUGAGAGAGCCAUUCCUGAGGCAUGGGUCGAACUAUUGCGGAAGAUUGUCCAAGAACGCCGUGGGCAAGACGUCUUUUCUUUUUGGCCUUGUAUGUAUCUAGAUACCCAAGGCGACUCCUGCUAUUGGAGCAAUAUGGCGACACUCGUUAUGCAUCGUAUCUUCGACUCGGAGGUCGCAAUCUGGCCAGUCGUCCAGUCUGAGGGCAGCUCUCCGAGGUACAUGGCGCUUGGCCCCUCCACCCUCGUAUGUAGCGCUUCCGACGAGGGUCCCCAUAUCUCCGCUCUGGCUCACGUCGGAGUCAACAUCAUUCGCAUACCUCCGGAGGUUUACACUAUCGUCAUGAAUUCCAGCAUUCCUGUUGUGGUGAUGAACCCAGAGUCAGUCCGACGUGUUUUAUUGGUCUGUACAUUCCGUUCUGCGCAGUUCUUCAACCGGCUCACAAUAUUUGCUCAGGGAGAUCCCCGUGCUCUUUCGGACGCACCACACGACUACAAGAUGUCCAUCUUGCUCUAUCUAACGGAGCCCAAUGUUCUCGAUUAUAUCCUUGAUUUACCCUUACUUCCCACCAUCGUCGGAAACUACGUCUCGUUGAAAUACGCGGAUGUUGGCUCCCACCGUCUGCUUACAGCUUUCGAAGCAUCCCUAUUCGGAACGCACGCGCCAGGUGCAAUUCCCGUCGACCGUCUUCCGGGUUCUCUAUCUUCAAUAGCUCCUCGCCUCAUGUCCGAGGGCUUUAAUGUUCGACCUCUACACAGCCGGGACGUCACCGAAUACAUUGGAAUGGCGUUCUCCUCGCACGGACUCGCCCUUGACGAUCAUACAUCGCACUAUCCCCCAAUCACAUUGGCUGCCUGGCUCACUGAGCUUUGGAUGUGGGCCGCAGCCCAAACCACACAUGUCCCAGGCGAUUUGCUUUCCUCGAUGGCCAAAUCGCGAGUUCUUCCCAGCGCAUCCGGCCAAUUAUGCCGCGCGAUUGAUGGUGUCUUUCUCGCAGCAGAUCCCUUCAGCGACCUCGCCUCGCAAGCAGUGCUCGAGAGGCUGGGAUUUCACUUCCUUCCGUCUACAAUCUCACCCGCCGUUGCGGGGUACCUUCGUCAUGCAAAUCACGUUCGACCGAUAUCUGCUGCUAACGUACUGGAGAAGCUCGAGUACGACAUUGUCGCCAACCUCGACCACCAAAGUAUUGAUCAACUUCAGUCCUUUCUCUCGAAAAUCCCUCCGCCAUUACAAGAGCAUCGUCAGCUCCUACGCGCACUACCGGUAUUCCCUUUACUGCCGCCUGGUCAGACAGUGGCAACGAUGCAUAUAGGGAGUGUCCCUCAAGUCGCUGCCCCAAAACUUGUGGCUCACAACUUUUCUUUACCUCUGCCCAUUGUCCCUGACAUUUGUUACAUUUCCGAUUCUGCCGUCGGACGAGCCUUGGCCCAUGCCAUUGACCCCGAGAUCGUCACCCUAAGCGACCUAGACAUCCUUCAAAUGGCUCUCAAUCAAUUCGUCGCACAACCGGCGACUGUCCAGCUCUCGUUCGUCGUGUGGAUAGCAGAAAAUCCGGAUUCUACUCCGAGGAAGCUCAUUGACACUCUUGGGCAGAUUCCUUUUGUCAUGUCCAGAAACGACGCCUUUAUGAGGCCCACCGAGAUUGUUGACCCAUCUUCGGACCUUGCUCGAGAUCUCAUGGAACCCAACGACCCACACCUGCCUCGUCUAGACAGCGCAGCGGACCUGAAGAUGUUAUCCAGUCUCAAAAUGUUGAACCUCGUAGUCGUGUCUCUCACUCCCGCUAUCGCCGGUAAAUUGAUCAGGCGAAUUUCUGAUGUUUCCACCGACCUCGCAUCCCGACGUACCUUGUCAAAGAAACUCCUGAAGCUCAUGGAUCAACACAGAUUUGACGCAUCAAGCGUGAACCUGGAUCGUAACCUUCGAUGGCUCCCGAUAGAGGGAGGCGAAUUGUGUUCGCCCACAGAAUGCCGAGACAGCAUCGAGGACGAUGACCAUCCGACCAGGAGUCGUGCGCUUUUCGAUAUGGUGCUCAAGGUCGCCAGAAUCUCCAUCACAUCUCCCUCUUUUCGCAGGACACUCGGCUGGGAGUCCGCUCUGCCUUUGUCCAUCAUCAAAGGCCAAUUUCUGGCGUGUGCUGCUGCAUGCGAGUCAAUCCCUGCUCCCACUCUCGAACGAUGUUUCUCCGCUUUGAUCCGGGAGUUCGGCCGACGCUUCAGAAAGUUGACGGCCGGCGACCUCGAUGAGCUUCGUGUAGCUACUGUCAAUCACCGAUGGAUUCCAAUAAAGUCUGUUCUAUGCGAAGCACGAUACACGGUGUUCUCGCUCGACAGCAGACUCCCACCGUUCAAAGUCUUUCAUCCGUCGAAUAUAGGAGAGUAUGAGUUCUUACGUGCUAUGGGAUGCACUGAAAGUCCUUCACCGUCAGCAGUUCAAGAUGCUUUAUUAUCCAUGCCGAACCAUGUAGGAAAUCACUCUCUCCUGAGCCAGGCUUUGAGCUUGCUCUCUUACCUCGCUCCCCAAGUUGACUCGCUGAGCAAAGAAGAGCGCGCUGCCGUCUUGAUCGUAGGGGACGACGAUGGUCUUCACUUGAUCGACAAGGUUUUUUACAAUGACCUUGGCUCCCGUGCUGCACUGGUGGCUUUGCCAAAUGAAGUCCGACUCGCUCACCGUUGCAUAACCGAAGAGUACGCCCGAGCAUUCAGCCUCGCCCCAUUGUCUUCCCUCCACAUCACGGAUGAGGCCGAAGAUGACGACGAUAUGGGUGAAGCACUCACCGCCCGCAUCGGUGGUGCUCUACGUCAAUACAGACCUAAGCAGAUGUUCACGGAGUUUCUCGCCAACGCUGUCGACGCAGGGUCUAGAACCAUGAGUAUUCUCCUUGACCAAACGACCUUUCCGACCGAAUCCAUUCUGUCACGGUCUAUGGCUCAAUUUCAAACGUCGCCUGCCCUCGUGUUCCACAACGACGCUGUUUUCACCGACGCUGACUUCCAAGGAAUCAAGAGGGUCGGGACGGGUAGUAAGCGGUCGCGUCCAGGAAAGAUUGGGCGGUUCGGCCUAGGUGCCCUCUCCGCGUACCAUGUCACUGAGGUUGUCAUCAUCGUCUCAGGGGACUCCGUGCUAUUCUUGGACCCGUCAAAGAAGUACGUGGCUCCUACCGAGCGUCGCGCUGCUCGGCUCAUCAAGAUCAAAGCGAUGCGUCGACUUUUUCCCGAUCAACUCGCGCCUUUUGAGGGGCUCUUUGGUUUUUCUGUCUCAGAAACCGACUACUACAAUGGAACCAUGUUCAGGCUACCGUUCCGUAACCACUUGCAGGCCAAAAAUAGUCAGCUGUCGACGGCCACCUUCGAUGCCUCCGACGUGCUUACGAUGAUCACGUCCUAUCAGGUUAGCGCCAAACAGUCGACCACAUUUGUGGCCAUCGAUGAGUUGUCUUGCCACCACCGAAGGACCAAGAAUGUUACUUCGCUGUUGUGGUCAUUGGGUGUGUCUCGUAAAUCGAUGCCGGACGAGUUUUCCACCAAUGUCGCCCAUCAGAUGUUGACCAUCGACACGAGGUGCUUUUCUUCCUAUCCAACCGGUCGCUGCGCCCGCGCUUCGGAGAUGAUUCAUGUGGCCAUCGAAUCCUUUUCCAAGGCGGACACCCCACCUGCGUUUCAUCCACUCUUCGACAAACAUAUUCUACCACAGACCUUAUCUGUCGGUCUCGGCUUCCAUCUUUCAGAUGCUUCGGAGUUACUGCCAUCGAGGCUCUUUUCAUUCAUGCCAUUGCCCAUUGAGAUAUCACUUCCUACACACCUCCAUGCGUCCUUCAUCAUGGCCGACGACCGCCGCACGAUUCGAUUCGAUGAUGGGUGUGAUCCAGCUUCGGAGUCAGCCUAUAAUAGGUGGCUUCUCUCUAGUCGCAUUCCCCAACUAUACCUUUCCCUUCUCCAUCAUUGGCCAACUUCCGAACCGCAUCAUCUAUGGCCUUCGACAACAGGCAAAGACCCAUAUUCUCGACUCGUCGCACAGUCCUUGUAUGUGCUGACUGGAAAUGAGUCCCAGAGACGAGUUUGCGAGACCAUCUCCGGUCACAGAGUUGCUCCUACUUCUGCUACCCUGCUUGUGGCAUCGCCUGCACCGGAUUCCGAUUUGGCUGGAAUCCUGGAACUUCUGUCGCCAGAGGACCUUGUCACGCGGCCUGUACACUUGUUACACACAAGUAUGCGACGCGUCGACCACUCUUAUGUUCGAGACACCGUCUAUGCCCUACGGGAACAUUUCGUAAAGCUUUUCGAUGAGGGGAAGAUACUUCCUAAACACGCCGAGAGUGUCAUACGGUACCUAUUGCAAGAUACUAAGGGACGCGGGCCCGCUUUGUUGCAGGACCUUCCUCUACUGCCAUUGGGAGAUGGAACCCUUUCCACCCUCGGAAAAACGGACCGUUCAUCGUCAACGAUUUGCUGGAACGUCGGAAGCGUGUCCACAGUAGAUCCAAGCCGCGUCUUCUCCCCUACUCGCUUCGUUGCAAGCACAGUCAACUCUUCAUAUCGAACCAUGCUCUUAUCCCUCGAUAUCGGCCUGGUUCUCCUUAAUGACGAGAUAAUUGCGGAGUUAGUCUGCCAACGGAUCGCCGAAGGAGAUGAUCGUAUACUUACGAACGAAGAUUCCGAAUGGAUCAUAUCGCAAUUUUGGCCCACCUUCGACGCUCUUCAUUCAACCAAACCGUUGACCGCGAAGUUUUGCGCUUUACCGCUUGUACCAGUCGCCAGAUGCGAGAAUCGGUUCGUGUCGAUUGCAAAAUGUCGUGGUCCUUUUGUGUUCUUGGCCCCGGAGCCAAAGGACCGAUGGAUCGUAGACAGUUUGGAUCGUAUUGGCGCUCUUCAGGUCGAGAGGGACGCACUACCACCACCCCUUCAACAUAGACUCGAGUUCUUGCAAUUUUCCAUACACACCGUUCUGGACUUCCUUGCACUUCCCGAUACCUCACUGGCCGAUUGUUUCGCCCACAUGUCUACCGAACAAAGUGGUCAGAUGUGUUCGUGGCUCCGUCAGCAGCUCAGUGGACUUCCUUCGAAUAGGCCUGUUCCCCACUCGGCAAGGCCUUUACCUAUCUGGCCCGCUCGCCAUAUAUCGGAUGGACUCCCUCACGACGUUUUAUCCACUGCCGACACCAUUGAAAUGCUACCACUCGGUGUCUCUUUGGACGAUGCUGGCCUGUUCCUUACCGCUGGACAGUAUUCUGCGUUCGACCCCGUUCUCAGAACCACUCUCGGCGUUCAGCCUAUGAAUGUCUCCACAUUUAGGAAUCGUUUAUCCUUGCAAUCGGGCUCUAUCAUUCCCCUCCGCGAUCUAGACGCAUUUGGCCGGCUCCUUACUACAAUCAUUCAAUCCUCUAAAUCUGAUAAUCAGCCUAUCCUCGUGCCCAACGCCUCCGGCGUGUUGACUCCAACCAGCUCGUUAUACGCUCUCAGCGAGCCUCUCUUCAGCGCUGCGUUCGCGACUCGACGGCCGGAGGUAUUCAUUCACACCGCGUUGGUUGAUCGGGAGGCGUCUCUUGCUUCAUUUGGGCUACACACAACCGUCGACUUUGAGGCGUUCAAAGCCUGUGCCACCGCUAUCCACGAUGCCGACGACUCUGACACGUAUCGGGAGCAGAGCGCAUCAGAGGUUUUCGAGUUCUAUCACCAGCGUUUGACAUGGGAUCCUCAUACCAGAUGGGAGCAGGUCGAUUUCCUUCAAUUUAUCCCUCGUGCAGCUGCACGUCGUAGGGACAUGCCUGAAUUUGACGGCUAUUCCAGGAAUCUUCCCAAAAUCGUCUCCCCAUCACAACUCCUGCGACCCGAGUACGAACGAGUCGCAUGGACCCAAAGAGGCCUGUUUAAAUCCGCACCGGACGACCGUCUUUUAUUCGGACACAAGACUUUAGGUAUUCCGACAGUCAAGGAAGUGGUGAAGCAUUUCUGUGUGCUUCGUAAGAUCGCGCAGGAUCAUCCCCACAGCAAGCUUCUCGUUGGAGACAUGCGAGCCACCAUGAGCUACCUUCAAGAGCACGUUGAUGAAGCAAGACAAGACCUUAUACAGCUCAAUCAAGAGGCUCUAUUCCUCAACGUCAAAGACCCGAACCGCGACAUAUGGAAAUGGGCAUCCGCAUCUGUGCUCAUCUUCAACGCACCUGACGGGGAGGGCUUUACAGCAGUUCACUCGUUUCUCAAGCCAUACGAAAAGCUCAUCCUCGCCGCAGGGGGCUCAAAAGUAGAACGCGUUCGACCAGCUCCUCUUCCUCCCUCUGCGCCUGAAGAGAUGUUGGCGGCCAUCCGGACAUCUUUUGAAGCGCUUCGACAAUCCCAUACCUUGACAGAUGUCGCAUUCGUGAGUGAAUCCGGGGAUGAACAUCACGCCCAUCGUGCUUUCUUAGUUGCUGCUGGACCGUACUUCAAAUCGAUGUUUUCUGACUCUGGGACAAGCGAGUGUCGUAGUGCUGGUUCUGAAGAUCCAGUUCGAGUCGUUAUGCCUCAGUCCUUUGGGUCGAACUCAAUUCGAUACACGCUAGACUUCGUAUACACGGGAAAGCUGUCAAAAAUCGAGUACGAUGACGUGCAGGAUCUAUUGGAGGUAUUGGAUCUAUCUAACGCCUGGGACCUCGACCUGCUGAAGGACGCCGCGCAACAUGAUUUGGUGGAGCACAUCACGCAGGCGACGUAUCGAGAAAUUAAGGAAUAUGCAGAGCAUGCAGAGGCGAGGACGUUACUGGAGAAGUGUGUUGAGUUUGAGCGGACGAAUGCGGCACUGCUGAGGCGAGGAGUUUAGAGUCAGUACAAGGUUUGAUCUGCACUUUCUUCCGUGAGCUGUCGACGUAUGUUGAAGAUUCUCACGAGAGUUUUGAAGGGGUCGUAUCACCUAUCGUUUCCCGUUCCAUCUUACAGAAUCACGUUCUUUGUAUAUUCGACUUGGGUACUAGGCAACUAGAGAAUCUC